AUGGCAUUGCGGUUUGAGGCCCUGCACCCAGAGGGAAUCUGUCCUGGAUGGAGCAUCGUGGUCAAGGGUGAGACCAGCUCCAGCUCCAGCAUGUUUGAGAUUAAUUUGCUCUGUGAUCCCGGAGACCAAAUCGCUCUCCACUUUAACCCUCGCCUCUCCAGCUCCAGAAUUGUCUGCAACUCCUUCCUCAACAGCCACUGGGGGCAGGAAGAGGUUAACAGCACCUUCCCCUUCAGAGCAAAGGAGCCCUUUCAGGUUGAAAUCUACUCUGACCAGGACUAUUUCCACGUUUUCAUCAAUGACAACAAAGUCCUGCAGUACAAGCAUCGACAGAAGAAUCUUUCAUCCAUCACCAAGCUGCAGAUUCUCUAUGAUAUUGACAUUUCUUCAGUGGAAAUCACCAAACGAGAUCUUUACUAGAGACCAGAGUUGGGACUCUCUCACAGACCAUUCCCCCUCAAGCUUCUGACUCAGCCAAGGAUCAUUUCCUCCCCAUUCCACAUGCCACCACCAGCCAGGGAGAUGGCCACGUGUCCUCAUAGUGAAGGGAUGGUCAUUCCCAUCACCCAGCCACAUUGCUAACCACAGCCCAGCCCUUCAAAGACCUUCUGCCCCUACAGCUUAGGGUGCACAAUAAGCUUUGUAGGUCUGAUCAUUGCUGCACAUCAAAAUCUGUCUUGAGUAGUCUGGACACCUGAAUGU